GCGUGUCGCGGUGCGUGUCGCGGUGCGUGUCGCGGUGCGUGUCGCGGUGCGUGUCGCGGUGCGUGUCGCGGUGCGUGUCGCGAUGCCGGGCGCGGUGCGUGUCGCGGUGCGGGCACUGUGCCUGGCCGCGCUCCUGGGCGCUCUGGGGGCCGGCGGGACGGAACUGACGCUGGAGCUGCCCGACAGCGACCGGCGCUGCUUCCACCAGGAGCUGGAGAGCGGCAUCAAGUUCACCCUCGACUACCAGGUGAUCAGUGGGGGACACUAUGACGUAGACUGCUACGUGGAGGACCCCAAUGGCAAGACCAUCUACCAGGAGACCAAGAAGCAGUACGACAGCUUCCCACACCGCACUGAGGUCAAGGGUGUCUACACCUUCUGCUUCAGCAAUGAGUUUUCCACCUUCUCCCACAAAAUCGUCUACUUCGACUUCCAGGUGGGCGAUGAGCCGCCCAUCCUGCCCGACAUGAACAACCGCGUCACUGCCUUGACACAGAUGGAAUCCGCCUGCGUCACCAUCCAUGAGAUGCUGAACUCGGUGAUUGACUCCCAGACCCAUUACCGGCUGCGGGAGGCGCAGGACCGGAGCAGAGCCGAGGAGCUCAAUGGCCGUGUCUCAUACUGGUCGGUGGGGGAAACCCUCAUCCUCUUCGUGGUCAGCAUUGGACAGGUGAUGCUGCUCAAGAGCUUCUUCACCGAGAAGAGACCCGGCAGCAGUGGGACCAGCACCUAGAGCCGAUGUGUCGGUGCCCGAGCAGAGCGGGGAGCGGGAUGGCAGCGGCCCUGGGGUUGUGCUUUCCCUCUGACCUGUGCCGGAGGCGGGAGCAGGGGGUGACGUGACGCUGCUGAGCGGGGUGGACAGGGUGGACGUGGACACCCAAGUACAGGCAUCCCCCCGCAUCGCCUCCCACUCGCCAUCGCCCACCUUGCUGCCCUGUCCCCCUGCCUGGCCACCCUGUCCACACUCUCUGGCUCCCGUGAGAAGCGGGCGGGUGCCCUGGACCAGUAUCACCAUUGACACUGGGGGACCCUCAGAGCCCGACAUGACUGCAAUGGCCACGAGCUGCCCCUCAGAGCCCUGCACGGCCAGCGAGGGGAUGGGGCAGCUCUGGCCCACCUGGUGCCCACCCAGUGCCAUCAGCCCGAGGAGAGCUGCCCAUGGGCUGGGGGUCUCUGUCUGCACCCCGAUUGUCCCAGGGCACUCCCAGCAGCAGAGCCACAGCAGCAGCAUCCCAUGAGGGCAGGUUUUUUGCUGGGUGGUCCUGUGGCUCUACUAGCCCCUCCCCUCGAAGCAUUUCUCAGGCCAGCAGUGUUUGAUUUGCCCCUACCAGGUGGUAUUUUCAUACUCACAUGGGUCCAUGCCUGAGAGUCAGCCCACCAUGCACCCCCCCUGCAGAUAGAUGCCAGGGAAGCCCCAUCCCUGCCCCAGCAGCACUGAGUACCCCCACGUGCUUGGGACUGCAGCCCCCCAUUCCCUGGAGCCCCACAAAAUGGACACCCCCAGGAGAGCCCUGGGGUGAGCCCCCUGUGCAAGACCCCUGGUGGCCUCAAGCCCUCAAGCAGGCGUGAGAUCCCUUCCCAGAGCUUGAGCAACUCCACUGGCCUUUGCCACUUCCAAAUAAAUCCCUGCA